GGUAAAGGUUCUGAAGCUAGGGUGCUUCCUUAACUGUUGCAUAUACUAUAAGGGUUAAUACGUUUUAGAGUGAAUAUUAUUUUACAUGUUAGAAGAAUCCUAGAAUGUCCUUGUACAGACAUUCUUCCUAUAAGGUUUCAUCUUUGAGAAAAGAUAACAAAUACAGAAAAGCCCGUAGCUAUGGAGCGAAGUGUAAUGAGUGAAGGGCGGGCAUGACAGGGUUAACUGUAACUGUGUUUACUUGGUCGGGAUCAUGCUGCAUGGUACAGGCAGCAGGAGAGGAGGAAUCUUUCCCGGGUCUGGCAGAGCUGAGUUGUUACUAACAGCAGGAUUGGCCGAGAGAGGUGGGGGGAGAUAUGGGAGGUCAUAAAAGGGGGGAGGAGCCCGCCCUCGUGACCACACGGAGAGGAGAAGUCCCCGCCCACCCUCCCCUAUGUUUAUGGUUUUUUGUUUCUGCUUUAUGUUUUCUGUAUGUGUGCGUUUGUCUUCUGUGUAGUGCGUGUCUGCUUUGUUUUACUGCACAGGAGUCGAUGGAGAGUUGUCGUGGCAGCGGGUGUUUGGUCUCUGCUGGUGUAUUGGUGUCAGGAGAACCAGAAAUCUGGACAGUAGAAGAUGAUACAGUGACUCUACAAUGCAUAUAUUCUGUUGACAAAGGAAGAACCACCAUGUGCUGGGGAAGAGGAGAUAAAUCAGAUGCCAGCACAGAAUCCAAUGACAGAGACAAACAAGAAGGAACAAGUGACCCCCCAGUGACAGAAGCAGGCGAUCCUUUAUGCUCAGAAAAUCAUGACGAUGACAAAAGCCCCACCUCUGUCUAUACCAGCCUGACUCCUAUAUCUCCAAUGAAGAUAACCCCACCACCAAAUGCUGAGGCCCAGAGUAUCAAAAGAGUGUUACAUAUCCUAUUACACAUCCUUACAAUGAUAGCAAUACCAUUUACAGCUGUAAUAGUAUACAAAUGUAAGGUAAAAGAUAAGACCCCAUCUACCAGUGCUGUAUCGAUGGCAAAACUUGCUGCUUCAGAAACUGAUGGAGGAGAACCUUGAAGAGUGAUGGAUGUACUGCUACCAGCAGCCAGCUUUAUUGUUGUUUAUUGCUAUGUUUUGUGCCUUGGUACAUUCCACUGAUUCUAAUAAUGCAUUAGUUAAACCAGAGCUUAGUUGCAAUUCCCUGCUUCCCUAUGCUCUCUAGCUACUUUAGUUUGUGUCCUCACGGAGUAAAAAGUAUCUAUCUUACAGUUAGUUCCAUGAUGCACGUUCACCUUCAUUAAAUGCCCAUCUUUGUAACCCGACAAGCCUUAAUAAAUUACAAUAAAUUUA